UUGCGCCUUUAUUCCUUUAAUGUGCAGACGAAAGGGACGUCAUCCUUUGGGAAGCGUCGCAAUAAGACGCACACGCUGUGCCGCCGCUGUGGCUCCAAGGCCUACCACCUUCAGAAGUCGACCUGUGGCAAAUGUGGCUACCCUGCCAAGCGCAAGAGAAAGUAUAACUGGAGUGCCAAGGCUAAGAGGCGGAACACAACCGGGACCGGGCGGAUGAGGCACCUAAAAAUUGUCUACCGGAGAUUCAGACAUGGAUUCCGUGAAGGAACAACACCUAAACCCAAGAGGGCAGCUGUUGCAGCAUCCAGUUCAUCUUGAAGAUUUCAAGCAGCCAUAAAAUAAAUGCUCUGGUUUCAAAAACUGUAGUGUGCUGAGGUAUUUUAAUGUGUCAGCUCAGUAUUCAGUUAGUGACAUACUGAGAACUGAGCCUUUAUAAU